AUGAAUGUUCGUGCAGCAGGUGGAAAUGCGGCCUUACUGAGUCGUCAGGUCGGCUCUAACAACCCAUGUACGGACGAUAUAAUUUGUCCAGACGGGGCUUGUUGUGGCCCCGCCGACAACACAACCCAAUUGCGAGAGUGUGGCUUUGGUAAGUACGACUGUGUUCCUUUGGCACCUCUAACAACGUUGCACGCUCGUGGUCUUUGCGUGGGACUUGUGGCUGCUUCGGGACGUAACGCCGAGGAUUCGAAAAAGCUAUGCGCACUUGGAGUCUGCUGCUCUCGGUUUGGCUUUUGCAGCAGGGAUCCGGAUCAUUGCGACGUGGACAAGGGAUGCCAAUCAAACUGCUCUUUGAGUGCUCCACCACCCCAAGAAAAAAGCGUCGCGUCGGCACGGUCGAGGGUCAUUGGGUACUACUCAGCCGCGUCUUCAAGCAGAAAGUGCCGUCCGUUUCCUCCCCGGGCGAUCCCCGUCAAUGGGCUGACGCAUGUGAACUUUGCGUUCGCAUCUGUUAACCACAGCUCGCUUGAGAUUUCACAGCCAGCCGCGGGAACUCCAGAUGACCCGUUCCUCCAGGUGGCCGACAUCAGAUCGCAACAAUCCGAAGGAUCCAACUUGCGAGUGUUUGCGGCCAUCGCUGGCUCCAUCAUUUUGGACAAUGGGACAAUUGGGAACAUCUUCCAGUUGAUCGCCGAGGACAAGAAAAAGAGCGAAACCUUUUCCCAUAACCUGUUGAAAUUUCUGAACCAGUACGGCUUCGAUGGCGUUGACCUUGACUGGGAGUACCCGGGUAUUCCUGACCCCUUCACGGCUUGGGACAGCCCCGAUACCGAAGGCUUUGUGAACCUGCUAAGGAUUGUCCACGACACCUUUGCCACGGAGCCCAAACGUCAGCUGGGCAUCUCAUUCACGAUUCCAACAAGCUACUGGUAUCUCAAGAACUUUGACAUCCGGCACAUGAUGGAAUAUGCAGAUUGGGUCAAUGUCAUGGCCUUCGAUCUACACGGAGUCUGGGACAGCCACAAUCCACUCGGGAACAUCGUUCGCCCGCACACGAACCUGACGGAAAUCAAGCUCUCCCUGGAACUGCUCUGGCUCAAUGGCGUGCCGGCAGAGAAGGUAAACCUCGGCUUGGGCCUCUAUGGCCGAUCCUUUCUCCUGCACGAUCCGGCUUGCGGUAGGCCAGGCUGCAGGUUCGACGGAGGCGCCAACCCCGGGCCCUGCACCACCUCUUCCGGAACACUCGCGUACUUCGAGAUCAUGGACUUGAUCAACCAACAGCACCCGCAGAUAAUUCACGACGAGGCCGCAGCCAUCAAGUGGGCUCAGUACGGCCAGAACGACGAAGAGUGGGUGAGCUUCGACGACAGCGACACGCUCAACGCAAAGGUCGAGUGGGCCAACAGCACCGGCCUCGGCGGCGUGAUGAUCUGGAGCAUCGACCAAGAUGACGACAGCUUCUCCGCGCUGACAGCCGUCGUCGGAGGUGACAUGGAUUCCUUCCAGGAGCGUCUCGUGAAGCCUUCGUCUGACGAGGCUCUCCAACGCGCACGCCUCACCGCCCAAGGCUGCAAAGUGUCCGACUGCGCCGGCGAGGGCGAGAGCAGCCCGCCCGUGGGCUAUGCGCUGGCGCCGAAUGGAGGCGGGUUCCCGGAUCGCUGUACCAACGGGGAGAAGAAAUACAUCUUCUGCCCCGUGGACGCAAUCACUAGGGUACCCCCGGCUCAUAUAUGUACAUGGAAACCCCAUGAUCUAUGGGUCCACCAUACUUAG